GAACUCUCAUCAAAAGAUUGUCAAAGUCAACAUUCAAAAAAAUUUCAUGUCGAGAUUAACACAAUUUUUUUUUAAAGAAUGGGUAACGAAGAUAUGGGAAGAGAGUUGAGAGAGAACAAUGAAAAAAUUGUUGAAUGCAUAUUACUUUUAAAAGAACAGAGAGAUGAACUAACCUUUAUCAUUGAUAAACAACAAGAAGAAAGAAAAAAAUUGGAGACCGAAAUGGAGAGGAUAACUUAUAAAUUAUGCCUGAUAAAUAAAAGUCUAGCUCAGAGGAUUAAGGCAAAAAGUAGCUAUGACAAUACUAUCAAUGAGAUAGAAGAAAAUUAUGCAAAGUUGGUUAGAGAAUCCGAUGACCUACUUGGUCUGAUUAAAACAGAAUUCGACAAAUUAGAAUCAUUGAUCAACAAAAAAACAAGUACUGAAGAUGCACCCAGUUUUGACCCUACACACCAAAAUGGAAGUGGUGAGCAGAUUCUCAGAACAAUAGAAAUCCAACCAAGUGGAUCCAGGACGAAGAUUUGUCAAUGCGCCCAUAAACCUAUGAAGCAGAUAAGGAAGAAUUUGAUCGACAAAGCAAACCAAUCAGUUCAAGCAGACCAAGAAGUUCCCACUAAACUACAAGAUUCUGCAUCAGUGAAAAAUGAUUCGAAUGAAAUUAAAACACAAUUACCAAAUGAUAAUCUGUCCGAACCUGAACAAACGAACAUGCCAAAGGAACAAUCAAAUACAGAUUAGUUGCUUUCAUCAUUGUGUUACUUUGGUAAAGAACAACUUUUUCGUCAUGGUUAUAGCAAAAAGAAAAAUAUGUAUAGGCACACCUGAAAUAUGUGAGAAUAUUUUUCAUGAAACCAACAACAAAGAUUUAUAUUUAUUUUUCACUAUUAGGCCUGGUGAUAACCUUGCAUUUAUGGAAACCUAACCUAACCAUGCAUUUAUGGAAAUUUUAUUUUUGUAGUCAUAAUGAGUACUACGGUUGUUUCGAAA